AUGAACUUUGCGCCUCGAUUUGCGCGAAGCUCAGCCCGAGCGGCUUCAUCGCCAUGGUCAUGCUUCUUCUGCCAAAGCGCCCGACCGAAGCCUCAGCGAACAGGUCGUAACUUUGUCCGCAAUGCCUCCAACCAGCCCCCGAGACCGAGACAGUCUUAUACCCCCACGAUGGAUGAGAUUCGUGCGCAUUAUAGCAAGAAGAACAGAACUGUAGCGUACUACACCUUGAGUACGAUCCUCGGAUUUGUUGCGCUUACCUAUGGCUCAGUGCCGCUUUACAAGAUGAUCUGCCAAACCACUGGCUGGGGAGGUCAACCUAUACGUGCUCAUGGUCCUGACUCCGAGGUUGGUGAUCUCGCAAGCCGACUCGUUCCCGUCAAAGACGCCAAGCGAAUCAAGGUCACCUUCAGCGCCUCUGUCUCCGACGUUCUUCCUUGGAAGUUUGUUCCUCAGCAGCGCGAAGUACAUGUCCUUCCCGGCGAGACUGCGCUAGCUUUCUACAAGGCGACCAACAAGAGUGACCAGGACAUUAUUGGAGUGGCCACAUACAGUGUGACACCCGCCCAGUGUGCGCCGUACUUCAGCAAGAUCCAGUGCUUUUGCUUCGAAGAGCAGCGUCUCAACGCAGGCGAGACUGUGGAUAUGCCUGUCUUCUUCUAUCUGGACCCUGAUCUGCUCAACGAUAUGAACAUGAAGGGUAUUGAGACAGUGACACUAAGUUAUACAUUCUUCAAAGCAAGAUACGAUAACAACGGACGAUUCCAGAGGCCUAUGUCGAAAUAA